UCAAACUGCGAACAAAUUAUCGAAAUACAACGAAUAUUAUUAGUAUAGAUUAGGAAAUAGGGAUAAAUUUACUUGUCGGAUAAUUGAAUAAAAAAAAUGAUGGUCAAUUAUUAUGGAUAUAAUACAUUUGUAGAGUGUGUGGUAGGCAUAGAUGUAAAUAAUAUUGGAUUUUAUUCUUGAACCAUCGGGAGAUGGGAGAUGGGAGAUGGGAGAGGAGGCGCAGAAUCAGGGAACUCUGUUUAAUCUCGGGGGUGGGAUUCCACCCCAACCCAAUCUCUCUCGACGCGUGUGAAUUGGACGUAACUGUUCCACAUACGUCAUACCGUCACGCUCCAGUAUUGAUAUCAUCCUGGUAUGGAUAAAAGUACUAUUUUAAUCCCAAUCUUCCUCCAAAGCCUAGUGACAAAUCCAAGACGACAUGAACUCAACGAAUUGAAACAAAUUUAAAACCAACAUGGCCCAAAAUAGAGGACGAACCGAAACAAUUCUUCAGAGGAGGAUCUCGCACUGAAUAUGAACUUGUUAAUUUUCACGACUAAACAAUUCAUUGUCAGGGGAAUUGAGUGGAUCUUUCUCUUAGUGCAUCUGACAUGAGAUAAGAUCGAAUUAACGUGCCACACACAUAACUAUAUAACUAUCAACGUUGGUAUUUUUAUAAAAGAUUAUUUACUCCAAAGGGAUUGUUACUCUAAAGUUUGCAAUUUUCUAUCAUGGAUAAUAUUAACGAAUUCGACAUUAGACUGGAGAAGGAAUUUUAUUACGCUGGCGAAACGAUUCGUGGUCACGUUAUUCUACACACGACUGAAAACUUCAAGCUGAGAUCUGUGAGAAUAUCGCUGCGGGGACAAGCGCACGCCGAGUGGAAAAUUAUGGUCAGCGGUGAUCGAAGGAACGUUAAAGAUGAUCAAUAUUUUGUAGACGAGAGAAUUAUAGUUUGGGGACAUGACAGUUCCGAAGGACCGAUUCCGAUUCUUCCGAGGGGGAAGCAUCAGUUUCCGUUCACGUUCAAUUUACCCGAAAGUGCUUUGCCGUGCAGUUUUGAAUCGCGCACUGGCUACAUUCGUUACUACAUUAAGGCCACGGUCGACAGGCCGUACGCGAGUCCUCCACAAGGUCUUAAAUACUUUACUCUCAUCGGGCCUCAUAUCGACUGCAUGGAUGAACAGUAUCUGAAACCGAUGAUUGGCUCUGAAGUCCACACAUCCUGCUGCUUCUGCUGCAGGAGAAAUCCGGUCGAAUUGAGUGCACAACUGGAGAGAAGUGCUUACGUUUGCGGGGAAAGUAUCAAACUUCGGGCAGCGCUCGACAACAGAGGGUUGGAGCAGGCUUGGCUCAAUGUCAAAUUAACACAGUACGUGGAAUUCUUCAUCGACCGGGGCGUACUGGGGGCGAAUAAAGAGUUGCAGAAAGUUGUUUUGGAGCACAAAGGGGAGCCAGUUUUGCCAGGAACAGCCGUCAAGUGGGACUCGGCUAAAACAAUGGUUCUUCCUGUCUGUCCGCCCACGCUGGUAGGUGUUUGUCGGCUGAUACAAAUAUACUACGUGCUGAAGGUCAGCGUGCAGUUGGAAAAAUCCGGCGAAGAUAUGCAAAUGCACUUUCCCAUUACAGUCGCCACUGUCCCCUUCAGGAUACCCAAUAUCACCAAGCAACCGCAAAUUAAAUAUGAAAUAGCAGCAGAGCACGUGGAGGGUGGUUGUUACGUCGGCCCGGAGUUUCUUCUGGGACAAGUGUACGAUGGCUCCGACCACUUGACCCAGCCGUCGCUGAUCCUUUACAGGCCAGUUUACGUUUGCAUUUCGCCCGAAACCCGAAGGUCUUUGAAUCGCUAGCAAUUGGCAGAAGAGACAAAAAACGACAAACUAAAUUUCCAGGGUAAAUCGCGUGAGAGAUUUAAACGAAAGUAGACACACGAAAUUUUCACAGACAAUAUAUACAAAUGUUAUCAUAAUAUAGUCGCGUACAAAAGAACCAAUUAUAUUUCAUAAAGACACAGCCGUUUCGAACUCGAGUUACAUGAGGUAGAUCAAGAUUGUAUUUUAAGACACCAAACUGUUGCCAUCACAAAAAAAGGUGGCGGAUUAUUUAUCAUCUUUUCAAGGGGAUUUUAAAUAAAAACUGUACAUUUACUAAAUGGAAUAUUAGACGAAAAGAUUGAUAGGCAAAUAUAUAUAUGACUCGUUGAAUUAUUGCUGAUAAUCCGAAAAUAUUUGUUCAUGUUGCCAAAUCGGUACAAGAGUACCGACCGUUUUUAGAAUGUUUUACAUUUUUCAUACAAAUACGUUUUUACAAAUUAAAUACCUACAAUCUUCAUUACUUUACUUCAAUUUAAUCGUCAAGUUGCAUUUGAAAUUUUAAUUUUCACUUUUAAUAUUAAAUACCUACAAUUUAAAAUUAAAGUUUUUAAAUAUUUAAUGUUUUAUAAACGAAACAUUGUUUUGGAAAAGUGUAUUUCUGAGACAUUGAAAAUGUACGAAAGAAUAUUGGGAAAGGUGAAGAAAACGAAAGUAAUAUAAAGUUUGUUAUCACGGUGAGCUUGGAUUCAAUUCGACAAAAAAUUCUUGCACUUCGAAUUUUUUUCUGACAUUGCUUCAGUGAUGCCGAUGCCAGCAAUGAUUUUAAGGCUAAAAAUGAAAAUAAUUAGUCGAGGAAUUUCUAAAACUGAAACUUUCAAUUUUUUUUAAAGAUAUUUCAAAUCUUUCUAUUUUACUUAAAACUAUAAAUUAAAUUUUUUCAUAACUAUAAAACAUGAAGAAAUGGAUCACUCCGGGUCUUCGCCUCGAAGUGAUCGACUUCCUCAUGUUUUAUAAUAAUUAAAGAUGGAAAAUUAAUAAAAUUAAUUAUUUUAUAUUAUAAGAAUAUUCUACUUCUUAAAAAUUAUUUUCAUCAUUUCAA